AUGGGAAGCCCACCUGUUAACGAUGAUUUUGCUCAUGGGCAUUAUAGCUUGGUCCCAUGGCGACCAGAGUUAGAAGCAGAAUACGGUAAAAUUGCCCAUGCCUUACUACAAAAUGCCUUCUUCCACGGCAACACAAUGAAUAGACUACAGGAAUUCAAGUACUUGGAGCCUUUGAGGAAGACUUAA